AUGACUCUGAUCCAGCGCGAGUUGUAUGAUCGAGUCAAGAAUAACGCGAUUGGAUUGCUCAGUUUGUGGAGGGAGCAGAUUGGCGAUGCUGGAGCAGAAACGAUUGCCGAAGCGCUCAAAGAAAACCAAAAGGUGGUCAAGCUCAUUUUGGGCGAGAAUCGGAUUGGCCACGUUGGGACACUCGCGAUCGCUGAGGCAAUCCGAGUGAACACGACACUGACUCAACUCAGUUUGAAUGCAAAUCACACUGGCGAUCUCGGCGCUCGAGCGAUUGCUGAAGCGCUCGUUGUGAACAAGUUUCUGCAGAAGCUCUUCCUUGGCGACAAUCAGAUUGGCGAUGCAGGAACGCGAGCCAUUGCCGAAGCACUCAAAGUGAACAAGACGCUGACCUCGCUCAGCUUGGAAAGAAAUCAGAUUGGCAAUGAUGGUGCACAAUCGCUUGCUGAAGCACUCAGGGUGAACACGACGGUAACCAGGCUCGACUUGGAGCAGAAUCAGAUUGGGGAUGCAGGCGCUCGCGCACUAGCGGAAGCACUCAAAGAGAACACCACAUUGACGCUUCUCGAACUGAAUCAUAACGCGAUCGGGGACGCUGGCAUGGAGGCGGUUUAUGAUGCAUGGGACGUCAACGCCACUGUGGAGGAUACUCGUUUCGAGAAUCCUCAGAUAAGCCCCCUUGCACUUGCCAUGAUUCCACGAUUCACAACUGCCGAGGACUCUCAGACCGUGUUUGGCUUGCUAACCCGCGGUCUAGAGCUGGAGAAUCAGUCUGCUUGCCUGCCAUUACUGCCAGACGAAGUUGCCGAGCGGAUUUUGGACGAAGCCUGCUACUGGCCGGGCGUGCAGCGAACUGAACGCGCCUGGUUUCAUGAAACAAACCCCACGUGGUUUCUGAGAGUCACAGUGCCCAAGAACACCACUGGAGACUCAAUCCGUGUGAAGGCAAUUCAAAUCGUCCGCGAGAGGAAGCGCUCGGACAGCGCGAUUCAUUGGGUUGUUCGCGACGAGCUAGGUGCUGUUCGAUACGAAGGAGCAGUGAUUCCAACGGUCGUCGGCUCGACCAUCCAGCUGCUGACAAUUCGGGCAGCGGACAAUCCUCACAUCCGACAAAUGCGCGAAGGAUGGGAGGUGCUCGUUCGACCCAGCGAGUAUGCUCGAGACGUGCGUUUCGAGUCGCUUUAUGUGGGCUAUAUAUAGUCGACAAUCGCAAUCUUUUAGAUAUC